GUAAAUCACGCAGACGCUGUUAACUGAAUAUGAUGAAAACAAAGGUAGUCCCCUGUGCAGGUGGUUUGGGUGAACACCUUUUCCUCCUUAGACCUUGAUUGCAAGGACUUCGGACUAGUGCCAUAUCAGAGGCCUUAAUCUGUAAGAAUGCGAGCGAGCAGUGCGCCCAGCUGAGGAUCUGGACCCGCUGAAUCCCGGGCUUGGAAGGUUUAAGCGCAAACGUGCAGAGCCACGGUUAAAACGCUUUCAGCCUCCCUGCGCUAUUAUUGCACCGUUUAAAAACCUCCGACAGAUUUCAAUUCGUUAAACUAGUUCUCCAUCCGUUACUCUAAACUCCUCCCGGACCGGAUGGUUUAGCAGCGGCGCCCAGGCGUCCAGACCACGCGUCACCGCCCCCCUGGACGCCCCCAGACGCGCAAAUUGAGCGCUGUGUCUUUAAGGGGAAAUCGGCCUUUUCCGUCCAGGACAAAAUGUCUGCGAGGAGCCCGGAGGCGAGGGGCGACCAUCGCGGCGUCCGGACACUGCAGAAGGAAUGAAGAGUAAAAAGCCCCUAAAGAUCACCAUGGAAGACAGCCGGAGACUUGAUGACCCUGCGGAACAAGGCAGCCCCUGUCCCGCGCCCGUGGGGCCAUCAUACUCCGAGGCCUGGGGCUACUUCCAUCUGGACCCGGCUCAGCCUAGGCACCGGAUGAUGAGCGCCUGGGCCACCUGCCGCCUGUGCGGGCUGCAAGUGGGCGGCCUCCCCAGCUUCCAGAUGUGGACACGGGCGCUGUGGCGGCACCUGAGUGAUGUGCACCUGCUGGAGCUGAAGAAGAGUGCUGCUCCGAGCCCGCCGACCACCGUGCCCUGCCCGCCGCCGCCCAGCCCCACCAUGGCUGCGGAGGGCGACUGGGCACGCCUGUUGGAGCAGAUGGGCGCGCUGGCCAUGCGGGGCAGCCAGCGCGAGCUGGAGCUGGAGCGGCGCGAGGCGGCCCUAAUGCAGGCGGAACUAGAGCUGGAGCGCAAGCGCCAGGCUCUGAAGCAGGAGGUACAAUCCGUGGAGCAGGAGCGCCACCAGCUACAGGUGGAGCGUGAAGCCCUGAGUGAGUGGAUGAAGAAGCAGGGCCCAGGUACACAGGUCCCAGCACUGCCCUCUCCCCUGCCUCUGCUCCCCAAGGAGGACCCUGACAUCCACGACAACAACGACAGUGACAAUGAUAUGGUCACCAAGGUCCUGCUGUAGCAUGACUGACCGCUCCAUGUGUAAACCUAACCAUAGGCUGCAGGCGCGGCAGCGCCCCCAAGUCCAGUAGCCUGGAUUAGGUACACAGACCGGAUAGUCCUCACAGCUACCUCUUUGUAGUCCUGAAGGCUUUUUAAGCCAGAAGGUUCUCUAAACACCAGAGACUCAUCACACCGCGAGCCUUUCAGGGGAAGGGGCAUGGUUUUUAUCCAGGAACCUGGUCCACUCUUUUCCAAAUGUAUAAUCUUGACUUGGCACCACCAUGUUCCAGAAAGGAACCUUGAGUAUCACUGACUUCCUGGCUCCCUGCCUUCAGCAUCUAUAGAACCCCACCUUGGACCAGUCCCAAAGAGACCCCUUUUUGUUCCUGUCCCUCAUGUGGCUAACCCAAGGCAAUGAGCACCCUUAAAUCUUUGCCUGGAUGAGACCCAGCGACAAGUACAUUCUCCCAUUUUCUUGUCUUGCAACUUGACACCUUACUAGCAAGACAUCGGCCACUAGGGAGAAUAGUUUCUUGCCCCGCAGGUCCCCACAGACCUCCCCCUGAACCAAAAGAAAAACCAGGGGCUGCACCUCCCCACUGCCUUAGAGUCAACCUCUAUCUCAUUCCCUCCCUUUCUUCAGCCUGCCCGCCCCCACCCCAUGCCUCCUAUCCCAGAAAGUCAAGAUGUCCUCGUUGCCCACACUUGCCACUUUGCAUCUCACCACGUUUGUUUCAUGUCCUGCGCAUGCUAAGCUAGCACCCAGAAGCCACACAUGGCUUCCCCAGCCCUGACCUGCCUUCUGAAGCUCCUCCUUUUGGAGGUGCACUGUGCCUUUCUAAAGGCUUUUGUUUUGAGGUAGGGUCUUUUUAAGGUAGACUAAACAUAAAUGCCUUUUUUAUGAGAAGUUUGAAAGGGCAAUCUGACCAUUAUAUUUUAUAAAAACCACAUACAUUCUAGGACAAAUCACUGCAUUUGAUUUGGGAAAAAUGUUUCUAUGGCCGACAGAUUAAUUUCAUGAAAUACUUGUAGUUUUGCAACACUCCGUUUUUUUUUUUAAUAAAUUUUUAUUUAUCUGCA